GGCCAACUGGGACCCCUAGUUGAGAAGCACCCACUGCAGAACCCCUCCGAAGCUACCUGAAAUUCCAAACUCUAGAAUGGCGCCAAAACGCGUGCGUUUCGCUGUUGAGGAGCCAGUGGAGGACCGUGACUCUGUUUUAAAACGCGCGUUUAUACUGCCGCGCAAGCUUACACUGGCAGUGCACAGCCACAGAAUGUCAUCAGAGGAACAGAUCGCGCAGGUGUUGCAGGAGAACGCAACCAUGCGCCAACAACUGCUAAUUUGCCAGGCCAGGGUGCGAGAACAGAACAUGCAGCUGCGCAUUCGGGAUGGUAACAUAGAAGAUCUGCAGAGCCGUCUACAGCAGGUGCAGCGGCACUAUGACGACCUGCGGCAGCACGACGACUACCUGGCGCAGAAGAAGCGCAAGCGCGACGACGACGCAGCUGCGGCGGCGACAAAGGAGGUGCAGGAGCUGGUGAACCGCGUGCAGGAUGUGGAGCAGCAGCUUGCAGCCUGCAGAGCAGACCUUGCUCAGCGCCGCCUCUCAGGCGCCGGCUCCGCUGAACCACGCCAGCAGCAGCAGCAGCAGGCGGGCGGCGGCGGGGCGCAGCCGCCGGUUGCCGCUGCGCAGCCAGCUGCCGAGGGUGGCGGCGGCCAUGCGCAGGGGUCGGGCGUAGCCGCCGCUGGAGCGCCGCCAGCUGCGGGGUCGGGCAGCGGCGGCGCAGGGCCACCUGGUUCGGACACGGUUGAAGGCGCCGCCGCGCUGGCGGCCAUGCAAAAUGCCCCGCACGAUGGCGCGCCUGCGGCACCGAACCCGCAGGAGCCCUCGCUCAAGCCCCCAUCGUCCUCGUAACUGUCGCUCUAGGUUUCCCGCUCCGCACAUGUGUUGCAAAGUCUGCUGUUGAAUCGCCGGAUACCCCACCUCCUCGCUUCACCAAUUCCUGCCUGUUGGGCGGCGCCGCCAUCUGCUGAAUGCAUAGUGUAAUUGUCAAGUUUUGC